UUGACCAAGGCUGGUGAACCGUCUGCUAUUGCACAGUAUCUUCUGUAUUUUCCACCUCAUGGAAGCUAGGAUCCGGGCUCCCAGAAGACAGCUGUGCCCACCUGGGAUCACUUGGCUGGCCCUCGCCUAUCUGCUCAGCUGCCUGCUUGCCUCCAGUAAGGCCAGGGUCUUCAGUCGCUGUGAGCUGGCCAAAGAGCUGAAUGACUUCGGUCUGGAUGGCUACCGUGGAUAUAACCUGGCUGACUGGAUCUGCCUUGCUUACUACACAAGUGGCUUCAAUACAGCUGCUGUGGACCAUGAAGCUGAUGGAAGCACCAACAAUGGCAUCUUUCAAAUCAGCAGCCGGAAGUGGUGCAAGAAUCUCUCCCCGAAUGGCCCCAACAUUUGCCGGAUGUACUGUACCGAUUUGUUGAACUAUGACCUCAAGAAUUCUGUCAUAUGUGCCAUGAAGAUAGUUCAAGAGCCCCAGGGUCUGGGCUACUGGGAGGCCUGGAGACAACACUGCCAGGGCAGAGACCUCAGAGACUGGGUGGAUGGCUGUGAAUUCUAGGACCCUCUCUCGAUGGACCAAGCCACACACAGCUGAUUGGGAAGUGUGGUUUUGUUCCUGACCCAGGCUUGGGAAGACAAGCCAACUAAUAAAAGUCUAAUAUGA